AUGUUGAAGUCACGGCUUACAGAUUGCGAGUUCGACGGCAUUUUGAGGAACCUGCUUGUGGAGGAAUCGGGCCGCCCUGCUGCGAAGCUUUUCUGGAGACCUCCCAAGAUGCAUAGCCAGGCCAAAGAUGCUUCUGGGGCGUACACGAGUCCCUCAGGACACGGCUUCUGCUACCAAGGUUCACCCAAGUUGGGGAAGUUCGUCUUUGAUGCCCAGGAGGCUUUCGACAGCAUGUGUUCCAGAUUUAAGGCGGUCAUGGAGCAGUACGAGGCCGAGCAGCAAGGGUUGGCCCCUCAAUGCACAAGUUGGGUCACGACUGAUGCAGAUUUCUGCCCCGCUAAUCUGGACACGGCGCUGAAGCUGAGAAUGAGGUCCGGUGUCAGAACCAUUGUCACGUUUUCUCUGGAGCUAGCGUGGCGGGCUGAGUUGAUUGACAUGCGUCGUUUUUCGCGCGCACCGAAGACUGACACGGAAUUCCUCAGCGUGUCCGAGUACGGGUUGACCGCGACAUGUAACCGGCACUGA